AUGGAACGAGAGCUUUGCUUGAUUACGCCGGUGCGACUCCGUGGCAAAGUGGUUCAUGGCUUUGGUCGAGGAUCCAAGGAGCUGGGCUUUCCAACAGCCAACCUCGAGAUCCAGGAGGCCGAGGAGGCCACUGCGACCUCCUCGGGGGAUCAGCGGGCGCUGCGGCACUUCGCGGAGUCACACCGCACGGGGAUCUACUGUGCCUUUGGCUCCAUCGAAGAAGGUGUGGGAGGAGAAGAAGUUCACCCAGUGGCCAUGAGCAUGGGCUGGAACCCCACCUUCGAAGACGUCAAGGCCAAGACCAUUGAGCCAUGGAUCCUACACCACUUCGAUGAGGACUUCUACGACUGUCACUUGCGCUUGCUGGUGGUGGCAUACGUCCGGCCAGAGGUGAAGUUCGAGUCCCUCGAGCAACUGAAGGCGGAGAUUGGAAAAGAUGGCGACUUCUGCAGGAUGUCACUCGAAAUUCCGAGCCUGGCCUGCUUCAAAGAAGACCCUUUCCUGAAGCCAUGGACGCAGAAGGUCCAGGACAUGCCUGGGAUCAUCACCAGUGCUCAGUUGCAGGAGGCUUUGUCCCAGUUGCCUCCGCUGCUGGAGUCCCACACGCGGCUCUUCCUCACGCGGCAUGGGGAGACCGCGGCCAAUGAGCAAGGCGUUCUAUGCGGUGGCGGCCACGAGUCCGAGCUCAAUCAACAGGGCCUGAAGCAGGCGGAGGAGCUCGCCCGUGAGCUCCGGGAAUGCCGCUUCGCGCUGGUGGGCUCCUCCAGUCAGCUCCGAGCGCGGCAAAGCGCCCAGCUGCUGUCCGCGGAGCGAAACGACGUUUCAACAGCGGAAGUUCUGGAGAAUCUGCAUGAGAUGCGCUAUGGGCACCUAGAGGGUGCUCGCAUUGCCGACGUGCGCUCGGAGAUGAUCUCGAUCGCGGAGAGUUGGCGCCACGGGAAGCUCCAGGAACGCGUUGGAGGAGUGGAAGGUGAAAGCCCACAGGAUUUGAUUGAACGUGUGCUUGCUUCCCUUGGCAAAGUCUUGCGGCAGAACAGGGGGCAAAAUGUGUUGCUGGUGUGCCAUUCGUGGGUCAACAAGGCCUUGAUCGCUCAUGUGACUCCGGGAUUGGGCUUGCAGAAGCUUUUGGAUGUGCCACAGCGGAACUGUGCGGUGAAUGUCUUGGACUACUGCUGUGAGGGCACGGAUGCCGGUUCCUUCCAGGUUUUGGCUGUUGACCUUGUGGCCCAAAGCCGCGGCGCCGCGCGCCUCGAAGAACGAAGCGGGGCCUGCGUCGAGUGGAAAGAAACACCGAAGCGAGGUGGGAAUUUCAGGACGGACAUCGUGAAAGACACCCUGAAGCACAAAGAGCUCUAUCCCACGAUUGCCUUUGCCAAUCGGAAAAGCAAGGUGCGAAUUGAGCUGAUCCGCUCCUUGAUGGCCAUGCCGAGCCCUCGAGACCCACGGCUCUUGAGGAGCGACUUCUCCACGUGCUUGACACCAGAGGCCGUGGACUCAUCAGGCCCUUCGAAGUAUCCCAGUGGCGCGGUGCGCUUCGCCGUCGAGGGCCGAACCUUGCAGGCAGACAAGUUCCUCUUGGCGGCUCGCUCCGAGUACUUCGAGCGGAUGCUGCGCACCGGGAUGUCCGAGGGUGCAGCCUUCGAGGUGCCGAUCCCCAGGGCCUCCGCGCCGGCCUUCGAAGCGGUGUUGCGCUUCAUUUACUCUGCGGGGCAAGCUGGACAGGCCCUGUUCGAGGAGGCGGAUCCAUUGGAAGUCCUCCACUUGUCUGUGGAGUUUAUGCUGGAGGACUUGACGAGGCUUUGCGAGUGGAAGAUCAUGCAGGGCCUGACGCUGGACAAUGCCUUGAUCACCUUCGGCUCCGUCGUGUCCGUGCGAAGCAAGGUGCCAACUCUCGUGAAGGCGUGCGUCGAAAGGAUGCAAGGGCAGCUGAGAGAUGUCGUCGGAUCUGAGUCCUUCAAGGAGCUUUGCCGGAGUGAAGUGGCAGUGCAGGAGUUGCUGCUUUCCUUUGAUGAGCCACUGGCGAAGAGAAGACGCAUGUUGUCUGGUGCGAGGACUGAUUGA